AUGGCGGACUACCAGCAGGGAAGGGGAAAUGGUGGCCGACCAAAUGAAUACGGGCAUGCUUCGAACUACCAGCGGGAAACCGCUUUUUCGAAUAUCUUUGGUGCUGCCCCUCCUCCCGGCCGAUCGCAGACUAUGACUUCAUCCGUGUCUCCUCCAUUUGUGCCUCAAGGUCGCACACAAACGAUGUCUUCGCAGACGCCAGGAAUGCAAAAUGGUAUGCCUCCUAGACAGCCCCAAGGCCAGGGCGGAUACCGGCCUCCACAGGGGAACAAUAUGCCAAACGGAGGUGGAAUGGCCAAUGGCUAUUAUCAAGGUCCACGACAGCCGCCCCCUGGACAAGUACCUUCUCAACCACAGCCUCAUUCAUUACCACAGCAGGUUCGUAGCGAUCGAAGACCAUACCCUACUCCUCAGCGCAUAUCUCCUCAACAACCAUUUCCUCCUAGACCCCCGCAACAACGGUUCUAUCCCGGCAACCCUCCAGCACUGGCCUCCGACCCUUAUCGCUCUCAGUCCAUGGCGAGUAUACCUAGGCCAAACAUGUACCAGCCGCCUAACAACUUUAAUCAAGCUCCUGCAAACGCUUUUCGGCAGGCUCAAUACCAACAGCAACCAGCAAAAACAACUGCGCUCGGACGCAACAUCCCCGAAAGACCUGAUGAGCGCACAAUGUCACUGACUACCUAUCCGCAAGAUCGUGACCAGCAUCAAACCAUGAGUGGACGAGUCAUUCCAAGUCGACGGACCUCGGGGAACGGGCCGCAGGAGUUACCAGCAUUCUCCAUCCCGCCUCCUGUUCCUGCUACUGCAACAAGGACUGCUAGCAUGGCUUCGACUGUUGCGCCAGAUAUGGGCCGUUCGAUGUCCAUGGCUUCAACCAUUGUCCCGCCAGAGCAGUCAGAUGUCCUAACUCAUCGUCCUUCGGCAAAAUCAAUUAGCAGCACAGCCGGAGGAUCAUCCCGACACAAAGCUCCCCUUGUAUACCCUGCUCUGUUGUCGCGCGUCGGCGACUGCUUCCGAGAAAAGAUCAAUAUUGGCGAUAGAACGAAGAACGAUCUUACAUACAAGAAUGCGUUCAGCGGAGCGGAGGCGGUGGACGUUAUUUCAUACAUCAUCAAGACUACCGAUCGGAAUCUUGCCUUGUUGCUUGGACGAGCUCUUGACGCCCAGAAAUUUUUUCAUGAUGUGACUUACGAUCAUCGGUUACGUGAUUCAGCUACAGAGAUGUACCAGUUCCGAGAAACAAUGAUGGACGAACCUCAUGAAGCACCAGAAGUUAAUGGCGUGUUCGUCUUACUUACUGAAUGUUAUUCACCAACGUGUACUAGAGACCAGUUGUGCUAUUCGAUAGCUUGCCCUCGUCGACUCGAACAACAAUCUCGAUUGAACCUGAAGCCACAACCAGGUCUUCGCCGAGAGAAAUCCGAAGCAAGUUUGCAUGAUGUCGACGAACCAGAUGAGCAGAAACUCUGGAUCAACACCGUCUCCCAGGAAAUUGCGGACAGUGUCGGGGAACGAGAGAAGAAACGCCAAGAGGUCAUUUCGGAGAUUAUGUAUACUGAGAGGGAUUUUGUAAAAGAUCUUGAAUAUCUAAGAGAUUUCUGGAUUCUCCCACUACGUUCAUCUAACCAGCUAUCCCCAUCACCUAUUCCAGAGGCUCGAAAGGAGAGGAUAGUCAGGACCAUAUUUUCAAAUAUCGUUGACCCCCCGAGUAUUCAUGCCGUCAGUUCUAAAUUCGCCGAGUCUCUUACAGAACGACAACGAAAGCAUCCUGUUGUUCAGUGUGUGGGUGAUAUAUUCCUCGAGUUUGUUCCACAAUUUGAGCCUUUCAUCAUAUAUGGAUCAAACCAACUGGCUGGUAAGUUUGAGUUUGAGAACGAACGAUCCUUGAAUCCCUCGUUCUCCAAAUUUGUGGACGAGACGGAACGGCGAAAAGAGUCACGAAAGCUUGAACUUAAUGGUUAUUUAACGAAGCCAACAACAAGACUUGCUCGUUAUCCACUCUUACUAGACAACGUUCUCAAAUAUACCGACGAUGGCAAUAAGGACAAGGAAGACAUUCCGAAAGCCAUGAAGAUGAUUCGUGAACUCCUUACCAGAGUCAAUGCCGAGUCUGGCAAAGCCGAGAACCGCUUCAACCUAAAAAGAUUGCACGAACAGCUCCGUUUCAGGCCCAACGAGCGUGUAGACCUUAAGCUUACCGACGAGAACCGAGAGCUUAUACAUAAAGGACCCUUGAAGAAGACACCUACGGACCCAACAGAUAUUCAGGCCUAUCUUUUCGAUCAUGCUGUACUUCUUGUUCGUAUCAAGACGGUGGCAAAGAAGGAGGAAAUCAAAGUAUAUCGCCGUCCAAUUCCUCUGGAACUAUUGACCAUUCGCGAAAUGGAGGAGUUUAUGCCUAAACUUGGGGUGGUGAAACGCCCGUCCUCAAGUUUGAUUCCCACCAAAACUCCUACAAACGACAACAACAAUAAGAAGGAUGGAUUCCCCAUCACGUUCAGACAUCUUGGUAGAGGUGGCUAUGAACUGACACUGUAUGCCAGCAGUGCAGGUAUGAGGAACAAAUGGAUGGAGCAUAUAGGUGAACAGCAGGCCAUACUACGAGCGCGAGGCGAUUUUUACAAUAAAUCUAUCAUUUCUAGUAACUUCUUCACGACGGCGAACCGGGUCAAUUGCGUGGCACCAUUUGAUGGUGGCCGUAAACUGAUAUACGGCACAGACUCGGGCAUAUUCGUUUCUGAUCGCAGAUCAAAAGAUGCUGCCGCAAAACCAGUUCGAGUAUUGGAUGCUACCAGUGUGACGCAAAUUGAUGUUCUCGAGGAAUAUAACCUUCUGCUGGUUCUAUCUAAUAAGUCUUUGCAGUCUUAUCCUCUUUCUGCGCUGAAUCCGACCGAACCUGCGCUUUCGAAACGGCCCAAGAAGAUUCAAAGUCAUUGUAACUUCUUCCGCACGGGGAUAUGUCUAGGUCGCCACCUUGUCUGCUGUGUCAAAUCAUCGGCUUUGUCAACGACCAUCAAAGUAUUCGAGCCCAAUGAUGCUAUGUCUAAGGGAAAGAAGCAAAAGGGAUUCAAAAUGUUUAGCAACGGUCAGGACGAGUUGAAGGCAUUCAAAGAAUUUUACAUUCCAACAGAAUCUUCGUCGAUACAUUUCUUAAAAUCAAAACUAUGUGUUGCUUGUGCGCGUGGAUUUGAAGUAGUAUCCUUGGAAACCCUGGAAACCCAGUCUCUCCUGGAUCAAGCGGAUACAUCUUUGGACUUCGUUGCGCGAAAGGAGAACGUACGACCAAUACACAUAGAACGCUUGAACGGAGAAUUUCUUCUCAACUACUCUGAAUUCUCCUUCUUUGUCAAUCGUAAUGGUUGGCGAGCUAGACCCGACUGGAGGAUUGAUUGGGAAGGGCUACCACAGAGCUUUGCCCUUUCGUACCCUUGGAUACUUGCUUUCGAACCGAACUUUAUUGAAAUCAGGAAUAUUGAGACUAACGCUGUUCAUAUUGUUCCUCAUAAAAACAUUCGCAUGCUACAUACGAGCACUCGAGAGAUUAUAUAUGCCUAUGAGGAUGAAAGAGGAGAGGAUGUCGUUGCGGCCAUUGACUUUUGGUUAGCCGGACGUAAACCAGAAGCACAACCGAUCUCCAAUGGUGGUGAUUUCCGUGAUGGAGGACACCCUCCAACGUCUUCACGACAUUAA